AUGAGGAUGGAGGACCGUUGUAAAUGGUUCAGACACCAGCCAUGCUCUGGAGGCCAGCUCUCGAGAUAUGCUGUCUAUGCUGAUACUGGACCCUCACCAAUGACCGUGGCGCUAUGGCAUGAGGUCAAAUCAAGUGGUGUGAGAUGGCUGUCUGCUCUGCUGCAGCACUGCCUGCAACAUGGAACAUGGACGCUAGACAGACGCUUCCUCUCAACGGGGAGCAUGUCCGGUCGAAUGCGUGCAUGCGCAUUUGAUUCACUGGCUGGGACACUUCAGCGAUUGAUUGAGUUAGGACCAUUGGGAAUAAUCAUCCCAACAAAGCCUAUCGGAGACCAAACCUCGAAGAGAAAGGACUAA